AAUCUGCACCCCACGAGAAGAAAAGAUUCUUCUCCGCCUCGCCUCUCUCACCCGUCUCGCUCAUUCCUCCGUUCUCAGCCUCACCCAGCAUAUAGCUAGCCCACCACCACAUGCCGCAGGGCCCUCCUCCUCCCCCUCGCCGAGCUAAUUGAGUGCGCGCUAGAAGAAAAAAAAAACCCCAUCAGAACGGGAGCAGCGAGCUCCAGCUCCUGCUGCGUCCUGCUGCGCCUGCGCUAGGGUGAGCGAGGGAGACCGAGAUCAGUCUCGGCAAUAAUUGCAGGCGAAUCAUAGUUUGAGAGAGGUAGAUACUACAUAUAUAGAGCUGGUAGCAGCAGCUAAUAAAGAGCAGUCGAAUUGUUACUUCUUUAAUUUGUUGGGAGGUUGAUUUGGAAGGGGAGAGGAGAUCAAGAACCGACAAAGGGGGUGAGAUCGAUCGGGAGGCCAGGCCAUGGGGCGCGGGAAGGUGGUGCUGCAGCGGAUCGAGAACAAGAUCAGCCGGCAGGUGACGUUCGCCAAGCGCCGGAACGGCCUGCUCAAGAAGGCGUACGAGCUCUCCAUCCUCUGCGACGCCGAGGUCGCGCUCGUCCUCUUCUCCCACGCCGGCCGCCUCUACCAGUUCUCAUCCUCCUCCAAUCUGCUUAAGACUUUGGAGAGGUACCAGAGGUACAUCUAUGCUUCAGCUGAUGCUGCAGUGCCGUCUAGUGAUGAGUUGCAGAACAACUAUCAAGAAUAUGUGCAGCUGAAGUCAAGAGUUGAGAUUUUACAGCACUCACAAAGGAAUCUUCUGGGUGAAGAUCUGGCUCCACUUAGCACAAGUGAACUUGAGCAGCUUGAGAGUCAAGUAGACAAGACCUUGAAGCAAAUAAGAUCAAGAAAGACUCAGGUGCUACUUGAUGAACUCUGCGACUUGAAGAGAAAGGAACAAAUGCUACAAGAUGCCAACAGGGUCCUGAAAAGGAAGCUGGACGAGGUCGAGGCAGAGGUGGCUCCUCCGCCGCAGCCGCAGCUGCCGUGGCAAGGCGGCAGCGGCGACGCCAUGCUGUCGGAUGGCCCUCCACAGCCAGAGCACUUCUUCCAGGCCCUGGAGAGCAACCCAUUAUCUCUGCAGCCAACAUUCCAUACCAUGGACAUGAACCAGCAGCCGGUGCCGGCGCCGGGGAGCUGCUACCCUCCUGCGUGGAUGGCAUAGCCAUUGCUUUGUUGUUGCAUUGGCCUGAGAAGUGCCCGUGUCCUCCAGAAAUUCCAACGAGUUCUGUAAUUCUGUUGCUGCUUUUGCUCGCCUAUUCGCUAUGCUUGCAAUGUUUGCCGAACUGUUCAAGUGACAAAAAUGGCCCUGUAUAGGUUGUGUCAUUAUCUUAGUUGAUCACUGCUCAGCUGCUUGAUUUAGCGCUUCAUUAAGUGGCCGCUGAAAGAAAGUUGGUUGAACUGCCUAUGUUUUGGAUUCCACAUUGAUUGCCAAUAAGCAUUGGUAUGUUGGACUGCUAGAGUACCCAUCCAUUUGAAUAUUUCAGUCGAUCUUCUUUUGACAA